AUGGUUUACGGCUGUGGCAACUCGUGCAUAAAGUUGCUCUUUUUUGUCGUCAACCUUCUGAUAUGCGUAUUUGGCGCCCUGGUCUGCGGCUUCUCGUUGUGGGCGAAUUUGGACAAAGACUUUGGAAGUCAUUUGUCGGACUUUGUCCGAAAUAUUGACGGCCAAGAUCACACGCACAUUGAUGAAAUCGCCAAGGUGAGUUGGCCUAUAAAUCAUAUAAUAAAGGCUUACUGGGCCUUUGGAACCGCCUAAACGCAGAGCUAUCAAACUUACAGGCUCACCGUUUUUAUUUUCAGAGGUGAAAAAUCAAAAAAAUUGGAUCUUUGAACGUUGAUCAACCAAAACUUUUCUUUGUUGAUGGGUUUAAAAAAACAAAAAAUGUUUAAAAAAAAAUAAAAAACCUAGCUUUUAGCAUAGGCAAAAGCCAAAGAGGGUGAAAAGGCUCCAUAGCAGUGUUCCUUUUAGGGUGAAAAAAGCUCCUUUUUGCUGUCUUUUUGCGCUAUUUUAUCGGCUCUUGUGCACCUUUUUUGCUGCCUCUUUCUUUUUCCACCAUUUCUUGAGCUUUCAAAACCUCAGAAAAGUUAAAAGCUCGGUGAAGGGACUCUUUUUGCUGCCCUUUUUGAGCUUCUCCCUUUAGCGGCAGUUAUCCACCUCUCCGACUUUGCUUGAGGAAAAAUAAGUGAAUAAUGAUCCUUUUUCUUUGCUGUGAACAUCUUAUAUUUUCCCAUCAGAAGUUCUCAAUUUUAAUUUGCAGUACCAAGCUUCUCUUUGGAUCCUCGUCGCAGUUGGAGCUUUGCUCUUCUUCGUGGGAUUCCUAGGAUGUUGCGGCGCUGCCUGCGAGAGUCCUGUCCUUCUAGGAUUGGUUCGUUCAGAAUCAUUUUUCUUGAGCUCAACAAGGCCUUACAGUUCUUCUUCAUCAUCGUUAUCCUGACCGCAAUAGAGCUCGGCGCCACGAUCUUUGCGAUGACUAACCGCGAACAUUUCGUGUCCGCCGUUGAACAGGUUGGUCUUUUGCGGCCACUCUGGUUAAACAUGUACCUUUGCGCUCUCUUUUUCUCUCAAUUACUGUUUAAUCUGACUCAUUGCGCAGCGCUGAGUUGAAAAGGAACCGACUUACCUUUGGCGGCGAUUUUUUUGAAAAUGUGGGUCUUAAGGUUUUUGAUACGGAGAUCAAGUUUGAUUCAAAACUUUUGCUUAUCGAGAAAAUUAAUUUUGAAGAUAGUUUGGUGUGUCAAAAUUUUGAGUUCCGGAAAGGUGUGGCCAACAUUUCUGAUUUGAAGAUGGCUGCAUUUUCAAAUAGACAGGGACGGAUGAAUCAUGAAGACUUUUUUUUCCACCAAAACCGAUAUUAAUCAAGACAUCAAUAAUGAUUUUUUCAGGUUCUGGAGAAGUCAUCAACGACGCCUCAAAUGCGCCUCAACAUCAAGCCGAUUCAAGACGUUUUCCACUGCUGCGGAGCCACCGCCGCCACCAAAAACCUCUAUGUGACCGAUGGAAUCUGCACAGACCCGGCCCUGGUUAGUUUUUUUCUUCUCGAUUGCUAUUUGAUGAUGAGCAGAUUUCUGUUUAUCAGUGAUGCGUGGAGUUACUGAUCAGAAAAACUAUGCGGCACGUGGUCGCUGGUUAUUUAUGAAAAAGAUUAACUUGAAAAGUGUCAACUGUGCACUUAGCGCAGUAAAUGAUAGGCUCUGGGUUUUCAAUCUUUAGAAAAGUUUCCUGUUAAAUCACAAGAUGGAGAAAGUUUAUUAUUUUUUUUUAAAUCACAAGGAUAAAGUAAAGUUUCCAAUUUCAAUACUUUUUGGAACUUGAUCAAAAAUUUUCGAAAAAAUUGCAUGGUCUACUAUUUAAAAACUUUAUAAAGCUCGAAAAAAUCCAACAUAUUCAAAGUUUUCUCUUAAAGAUCAGUAAAUUGGAUACUUUGCCGGAAAUGGAAACGUAGAAAUUUUUUUUCUUCUCAAAAAUCAAUUUUUCUUGCUACUUUUCGGAUUUCAAAAACCGCCCGAAAAUUUUGAAAGAGAGUUACUUUGGUAUCGGACUUGAAAAAAAGAUAAAACUGCGUUUUUUGCAGCCAAACUGCUUUGAUCGGAUCUCUCACAUGGUGGACUCUUGGGGAGAAACGAUCGUCGUCGUCGCCUUCGUCCUGCUUGCCGUCGAGCUCUUUUCCAUGCUAUUCUCUUGCAUCUUGUGCAGAGCUUCUCGCGAAGUCCGUUAUUCCUCGUAUUACGCUUAG